AUGAGCGCUGAAUGCAGCAGCUACUCCAACACUGACGGUGCGUUUGUGGACGGAUUCUCGUGCCCCAGAGCCGGAAAUGCCGCUGUUGCUGUGUACUGUUGCGGAUUUAAUGAUGUCAAGUACUGCUGUGAUGAUCCCAACAGCUUUUUCGCCUAUGAGUACGGAUACAUGUGGUGGCUGAGCCAAAUAUUUCAUUCAGUGUCUUUGCGUCCCUCAGGUUUGGAAAUAGUGGGGAGUGGGAUCACCUUCAUCCAAAACCGCAGAGGGAAAAACUCUGGAGAGGCCUUUGUGCAAUUUUCCUCUAAAGAAGCAGCUGAGGAAGCUCUGCAGAAAGACAGAGAGCUCAUUGGACAAAGAUACAUCGAGGUGUUUCCCAGCAGUACUGAGCAGAUCUACUCCAGUUGGGUCGGGAAGAGUAGUUCAGUUUCUCCUCAGACCGGCACUCAGUUCACAAACAGGAGGAAGGCCUCUGACUCAUGGGACAGACAAGGAUCCCCUCAGGGCCACCACAUCCACAUGAGAGGACUUCCUUACCAGGUGACCGCAGAAGACGUUGUUAAGUUCUUCAGUCCUCUAGUUGUGUCUAAAAUCACCAUUGCGUGCAGUCCUGAAGGGCGGCCAAAUGGAGAGGCCGAAGUUUACUUCAGCACCCACCAGGACGCCUUGAGCGCCAUGUCCAGAGACAGAGAUUACAUAGGACAAAGAUAUGUGGAGUUAUUCCUGAACUCUUCAGAAGAUUGAAGGUGAAUGCCGUCCCAGAUGCCAAAAAACACACAUACAGUACAAUUGUAUUUAUGUUCAACCCUACUUGGACUUCAAACAAGAAACAUUCCUUGUGUCAAAAUAAAAAUAAGUUUGUAACUGGAA